CGUGGGUUGAGAGAAGUUCUAAAUUGAGUAGCAGUUUUCUGAUGAAUUUGAUUAGACAAGAAGUGUGUGGUUAAGAAGCAAACUAAUUACUAUAACUGGCCGUUGUUAUUGACAUUCUAAGAAAAUUAUUUUUUGCACUCGUCUGAUAACUUAUCAAAAUAAAAUCUUUCGUUUUCCAUAUCUUAAGAAAUGUUUCCUUACUGUCGCAAAAGGAGGGAGUUUUUUUAUAUUUUUUUAAUUUUUUUUUUAUAAGAGAGUGGGAAUCGAACUUGGAUGAAUCUCACCUUAGGAAGAAAAAGCUAACAGUGUUUGUUGUUAUAUUUGGAUAAAUUUCGUACUUGGGAGGAAAUAAACAAGAAAUUGAGUUAAAAUUGGAAAGGAAAAAGCACUAUUAAAAAAGGAUUCUUUCUUUCUUGAUUAAAAAGUAAAAGUAAUUAAAAGCAUAAAAGAAAAUAGAAAGAAUCGGAUCCGAAGACCAGAAAAGGAAGGGAAGCUGUAAAAUCUGAUUAGUGAUUUAAUGGUCCAGAUUAACAGACGGUGAAGUCAUAUUAGAACGUGGAAGGUUCUUAUCCAAGUUAAAGUCAUAUUUGACUGACUUUUAAAAUCAAAAUUAACCCACCAAAUUCUCCCUAAUCCAGAUUAUCCCUUCACUAAUCCAAUCAAAAAGAUUCAAAAAUACAAAACAAAUUACAAUUUCAGAGGACCCCACCCACCAUGAAGGAGGACCCCACCAUGAAAGCUCACCAAGCGGAAGAAAAAGAAGAGAGCGUGGUUGCAAAACUGCAGAAGCAGUUCAUGAGUCUGCAGCAAGACUGGGACUCUUACAAAAACUCAAACCCGAAAACCAAGAGGAGAUAUUCAACAAAUUACUCAUCAGGUUUUUCAAUGGCGAAAAAUCUUGACCAAUUGCUUGAUUCUUCCCCAGGGCAUCUCAUGUGUUCACUUCAACAUGGGGUUUCUCCAUCAGAGGGAGGAGAGUGGAAGGUGAGGAGUAAUGACUUGGUGGUGGAGGAGAUACGGAGAGAGAGGAGGGCUGCCCUUGAGAGCGGCAGGCUAAAGGGGAGGAGGCUUUUCGAGGCGGAGGAUUGCGGAAAGGAGAGGGGGUAUGGAGGAAAAGAGGAGGGGACAUGGUCGGGUGGUUGGAAAAAUGGUUUGGCUCGGGAGAGUGAGGUGAGAUCAUUGUCCUUUGAUGGUGGUUCUGAUGGUGAUGAUGAUUCUGGUAAGAGCAAAGAGAUUGGUGUUUGUUUUCAGUGGUGUUCGAGUGCGCAAUCUUCGGGUUCUUCUUCUUUUUUGGCUGAUGAGAAUGUGAAGACAGAAGGAGUGAAAAAGGUUGAUAGCAAUGAAGGUGGUAAUAAUGGAGGAAGGUGCAUUGUUAUGGCGAUGCGUGUGGUUGCUGUUGCUUCGAUUGUAUUUGGAAUUUACUUUAUCAGAGGCUUUGCUGGAUAUGGAAAUGAAAACGAGGGAGGGAGAUUCGAACUCUUGUGCAUGGGGUGCGCACAAUACUCUGGCCAACUAGUCUAACCCCCGUUUGCUCUCUCAAUCAUCUUGGUUCGUCUUCACUUUUUUGUUUGAUCCUCUUCUCCAAGGAAGUUGAUGAGCCCUUUUUUUCAUUACUUAUUAUUAUGAGUGAAUUUACGUUGUCUGUUUUUUGAA